AUGGAGAGCAAUACUGGUGAUCUCUAUCCAUGUCAAUAUUGCAAAGUGGCAUUUUCAAAUGUUUCCUUUUUGAAGGCACAUUUGAAAUUCAAACAUGGAGGAGAAGAAAUUGCCAAUUGGACUUUAGCUCUCACUUCUAAGAAUAGUGAACAUUCUUUCCAACCAUCUAGUUUUCAUCAACAUCUUACAAUUUGUAUGAAAAAAAAGGCUUACAAGUGUGACAGAUGUAAUAAAUGUUUUACAAAGCUUAGCCAAUUGAAAAAACACCUUAGAAAUAGUAUAGAAAAAAAGCCUCAUGAUUGUGACACAAAAAUUGGUCAAUUAAAAAAACUUAAAAUUCAUACUGUUGAAAAGCCUUACAAGUGUGACAUAUGUGGUAAAUAUUUUACAAAGCUAUACCAAAUAAAGAAACACCUGAAAACUCAUACAGGAUUAAAGCCUUAUACCUGUGACACAUGUGGCAAACGUUUUUUGCAGUUCGCAGGUUUACAGAGACACUUUAACAUUCAUACAGGAGAAAAGCCUUACAAAUGUGACUUAUGUGGUCAGUGCUUCACACAAUUCUCAAGUUUAAAAAGUCACCAUAGAUAUCAUACUGGAGAAAAACCUUACAAGUGUGACACAUGUGGUAAAUGUUUCACAGAAUCUAAUGGUUUACUGAGACACCACAGAAUUCAUACAGGAGAAAAGCCUUCCAAGUGUGACAAAUGUGGUAAAUAUUUUACAGAAUCAUCAAACUUAACAAAACAUUUAAGAAUUCAUACUGGAAUAAAACCUUACAAGUGUGAUACGUGUGGUAAAUGUUUCACAGCUUUUUGGGAUUUAAAGAGACACCUUAAAACUCAUACAGGAGAAAAACUGUACAAGUGUGACAAAUGUGGCAAACGUUUUUUGUGGCUUUGUUGCUUAAAACAACACCUUAGAAGUGAAAAUGGAGAAAAGCCUUAUAAAUGUGACCAAUGUAAUAAGUGUUUCACAUCAAGUCAUUCAUUAAAGAGCCACCUUAGAAUUCAUACAGCAGAACUUCCACACAGAUGUGAUAAAUGUGGUAAAUGUUUUGCAACCAAACAGAUUUCACAGAACCACCAUAGAAUACGGACUAAACUUUAUAAGUGUGACAAAUGUGGUAAACAUUUCACACAACUUAAAACUUUAGAGGACCACUGUAGAAUCCAUACCGGUGAAAAGCCUUACAUGUGUGAAAAAUGUGGUGCAUGUUUUGCACUUUUGAACUAUUUAACAAAUCACUGUAAAAAUCAUAUAGGAGAAAAGCCUUACAUAUGUGACAAAUGUGGUAAAUGUUUUGCAUUCUUGUCCCGAUUACAGGCACACAAUAGAAUACAUACAGGAGAAACGCCUUACAUAUGUGUCAAAUGUGGUAAAUGUUUUAGCUGGAUUGCAAAUUUGUUGAAACACCAUAGAAUUCACAUGACAGAAAAGCCUUACAAGUGUGUCACUUGUGGCAAAUGUUUCACACACCCCUCAGAUUUAAAGAGCCACCAUAGAAUUCAUUCAGGAGAAAGUCUUUACAAAUGUGCCAAUUGUGGUAAAUGUUCCAAUAAUUUAGCAGGUUUACAAAAACACCUUAAAACACAUACAGGAAAAAAAAAAUACUUGUGCAUCAUAUGUGGUAAAUGUUUCUCAAACACUUACACUUUACAGAACCACCAAAACAUUCAUAAAAGAGAAAAGCCUUACAGUUGUGACAAAUGCGGUACUCGCUUUGCACUACAGAGUACUUUACAGAAACACCUUAAAACUCACACAUGAGAAAAGACUUACAAAUUGACAAAACACAGAAUUCAUACAGGAAAGAAGCAGUGUGAUAUGUGAGGUAAAAGUUUUUCUGCUCAUUCACAUUUCUCCAACCAGCAAAAAGAGCAUUAACAAAAAUGAUUCUUGCAUAUUUUUUUUAGAUAAGUAUCACCUGAAGUGUCCUUUGAUGUGCCCUGUAUA